AUGAGAUCUUUCUCUCUUUUCACCUCUGCAAUUGUAGCAUUCGCCAGCACCGUUAGCGCUGCUGGUGUCACUGGCGCCGCUGAAGGUUUCGCCAAGGGCGUCACUGGAGGUGGUUCAGCCGCUGCUGUCUAUCCUAGCACCACUGCCGAGCUGGUCUCGUACCUUGGUGAUAGUCAGCCCCGCGUUAUUAUUCUCACCAAGACCUUCGAUUUCCGUGGUACUGAGGGUACUACCUCCGCCAAGGGCUGCUCUCCUUGGGGUACUGGCAGUCUUUGCCAGCAGGCUAUCGACAAGGAUGGCUGGUGCGAGAACUAUGAAUCCUCGGCACCCAAGGUCUCUUCCAUCACUUACGACAAGGCCGGUAUGAUCGGCAUUACUGUCAACUCAAACAAGAGUUUGGUUGGUCAGGGCAACAAGGGUAUCAUCAAGGGCAAGGGUCUUCGCAUGGCCAACGGUGUUAAGAACGUGAUCAUUCAGAACAUCGCUAUUACUGACAUUAACCCCCACUACGUUUGGGGUGGUGAUGCAAUCACCCUUGCUGGCACUGACCUGAUCUGGAUCGACCACGUUACUACUCAACGUAUUGCCCGCCAGCACAUCGUUCUCGGAGAGUCUGCUUCCGGCAGAGUCACGAUUUCCAACUGCGACAUCGAUGGAUCGUCCAACUGGUCGGCCACUUGUGAUGGACGCCACUACUGGGCUCUUUACUUCACUGGUAGCAACGAUAUGAUCACUUUCAAGGGCAACUACAUCCACCACACCUCUGGUCGUUCGCCCAAGAUUCAAGGCAACACCAUCCUCCACGCAGUCAACAACUACUGGUACGACAUCGACUCCAAGGGCCACGCUUUCGAGCUCGGCCAGGGCGGUUAUGUUCUCGCUGAAGGCAACAAGAUUCAAAACGUGGCAACUGUGAUUGAGUCCGGAGCUACUGGUAAGUACUUCACUGUUCCUGGCAGUGGCAGCGUCUGCAGUUCUUUCAUUGGCCGUAGCUGCCAGAGCAACGCCUUUGGCAGCUCUGGUGCUUUCUCCUCUGCCGACACCAGCUUCCUCGGUAACUUCAAAGGCAAGAACAUUGCUUCUGCUGCUGCCGCCAGCUCCGUCUCCACUGCCAACGUCGGCUACGGCAAGAUCUAA